CUGUCGUUGGCUUUGCCAUUCGGGUUUCGAUAUAAUGGAGAUUUGGCGAAAUGGGUCUGUUAAAUGGAGAUGUCGGAGUCGGUUAAAAACCGUCGAGGAAAUGGUUCGUCGACAAAACAUUGGUUACUGA